CAAUAAUAAUCAGCCCCACAUCUUCUUCCUCGACAAAAAAGAGCACAUUCAUGCUUUCCCCAACCCCUUAAUUAAUCACAUUACAUUUAUAUAUCAAGUAUACUUUAUUACACCUUCAUAUAUUUUCAAUAUUUAAUGCUAGUUCAAGCUACUACGGCAGCAUCAAUAGCUUUUACAUGAUGGGUUUUGGAACUACUGAUGAUCUUUGCAACACAGGCCUUGGUCUAGGGCUUGGCAGCUUCCAUGCCGAGCAAGAGAUUUGUUCUCAACCAGAUCAUCUUUUUCAACCAAUUAAGAAGGAUAAACUAGCCUUGAAAUAUGAUCUCUUGCUCCCAUCUCUGACAUUAGGUCCUUCAGAAGAGGUGUACCGAUCGAUUACAAAAAAAACCGAUGCAGAUUUGCAGCCACAGGCGUCAUCUCUUAGUGCAGUAUCAUCAUUUUCUAACUCGAGUAUUAAGAAGGAGAGAGAAUUUGGUAUUGGUGAAGAAGUAGAUGUAGAGAGAGUCUCUUCAAGGCUUAGUGAUGAAGAUGAAGAAGGUAGUCCCAGGAAGAAACUUAGACUAACCAAAGAGCAAUCAGUCAUUUUGGAAGACAACUUCAAAGAUCACAGCACUCUAAAUCCUAAGCAAAAGCAAGUCUUAGCAGAACAGCUCAAUCUAAGGCCACGUCAAGUAGAAGUAUGGUUCCAGAACAGAAGAGCCAGGAGUAAGCUGAAACAAACUGAGGUAGAUUGUGAAUUACUGAAGAAAUGUUGUGAAACACUAACAUUAGAGAACAAGAGGCUGCAAAAAGAGCUGCAGGAGCUUAAAUCAUUGAAGCUUGCUUCACCUGUAUACAUGCAGCUGCCUGCAGCGACGCUCACUAUGUGCCCUUCUUGUGAGAGGAUUUGCAGCGGAAGUGAUCAAGGCUCUUCUACUAGCACUUUCACAGUUGGGCCGAAGCCUAAUUUCUACAAUCCCGAUACCCACUCAUCCGCAGCUUGCUAGGCAACCUGUAAGGUCAGAACACCAGCAUUUUUGUUGAUACCUGGCUUCUGUGUCCAAUGUAAAGACUAGUCUGAUUGAACUUAUAAUUUUGUAGGGUUUCUCGUUGCCCUUUAUUUUUAAUGUAUAUCAUGCUUGUAAAUUCUUAACAAAAUUCUAUGAUGUAACUUCAUUUCUUCUUUGGGGUUAUUUGUAUUAAUAUAAUUGUACUUCAAAUAAUCAGAUCAUUAGAUGGAGGUACAUUUGAACAUUAUUAUUCCUAGAAGGUAGUGUAUGCAAGGAUUGUUUACCUUGCUAAUAAAGGGUGCAUUUCACGA